AUGGUGUCCAUAACAAUCGACGGUGGCCCCACACCGGCAUUUGUGAGUCUGGCAAAUCUCCAGUCCAAGUCUGGUGCUGAUGCGGACAGUAUCGUCGUCAAGGAAACAAUUAUUGAAGAGGAAUCAAAUGAGAAAAAAGUUGAUCUCUCAGAAGCCUUCAGAGCUCUAGAGAUUAUUAAAACUUAUGCUUCUCAGAAUGAUAUUUACAUCCUCAACCACACAUUUUGGACAAUUCAGAACAAGAAAGCUUCCAAAGUUUGUUAUAUCAGUAUUAUCCACAAGUUUAAGCAUCAGGCCAAUUUUACUGAUAAUUCUCUUUAUAGAAAAUUUGCAAACGACAAUCUAGCUUUAAAUCUGGCCUAUAUGUGGUUAGAUUUGUUUGAUUUAGAAGAAUUAUUAGGAAAAGGUGCCUACGCCACUGUCUAUCGAGCUGUCGAUAUAAAUUCAAAAAAGAAUGUAGCAAUUAAAAUUGUCGACCUGAAUUUUGCCGAAACAAAAAUCGAAUGCAUUCAAGGAGAAAUAAAUGCAUUGCUGGAAUGUAAAUGUCCAAAUAUAAUUUCAUAUCACGAAUCUAUUCUCAGGGUUGAUAUAUGGAGUUUAGGAAUUAUGUGCAUUGAGAUGGCGUUGGGCAAACCACCUUUUUCUGAUAUUCCCGUUAUGAAAGCCUUGUUUCUUAUCACGGUCAGCCAUCCGCCAAAAUUGCCUACUGAACGUUUUUCGGCUCAAAUUCAGCAGUUUGUAGACCUCUGUUUGAACAGAAAUCCAAAUGAUGUCAUGUUGAUGAUAAUUUUGUAGAGACCGACGGCUUCAAAUUUACUUCGGCAUUGUUUUUUGAAAAAAAGUAAAAAAAAAUCUGCAAUCGUUCAACUUAUCGAACAAUUUAUGUCACAAAAAAAUAAAAAAAUGUAUUUCAAUUUAAAUGUAACGAAGAAAUGAUUUUCAAGACAACGACAAUUUGGAAAUGACUCAGGCAGGAGAAAAAGCUUCAUUAUUCAAAUUCGACUUUU